AUGAAUUCACUGCAUUUUCUUGUUCUACUUAUUUUCAGCGGUAAGUUACUUUAUUUUUGUUACAGUAAAGCAACUUUAAGUUAUGAAACCCAAAAACCUGAUUAAAAUUGUAUUCCCCCAAGACGUUUGAACAAAAAAACGGUUUAUUUUCACUACAAACAGGAAAUGUAAGACGUAAACGAUAGACAAAGAAUCAAAAGACGUUCACAGUAACAGAAAUUUUUUUUACAAACCAAACCGAUAUGAUUUGUGACAUUUCGUCUAUUGACGAAAGAGUUGAUGGAAUUCCGUUUUAUCAAAGAAAAAAUUAAUUUUUUACAUAAUUUUGUUAUUAGGGGUAAGAAACAGGCUUUAUAGGUUUGGCCCGGUCUUACGAUUGGUCCGGGCCUGAACUUUGGGUCUCUGGCAUUGGCCGGGUCUCAAAGAUGGGCCCUACUCGGCCCGUUUCUCACCUGUAUUUGUUAUGUUCAUUUAUACAUGCAUGAUGUACUGUAUAAAAAGCUCAUUUUGUGUCAUAUAAUAGUACAAAAACUAAACGUGUCGUAUUUUAAAAUAACUUUUAUAAAAAAUAUUAUUUUAGGUAUUGACGCAAAAUCCGUGAAACGUUCGGUAGAUCUUGGCGUUUUCCGUUCGAAUCCAUGUGAUUACGAUGCGAUACAUACCAUUUGUGACAGUCUACCGACCUAUAAGUUUGGAGAGUUUGAAGUUUUUACUCAUUCUAAAACGGUAUGUUGCUUUUGGCUCUAUAUCACCUUGUUUUAGGGUUUAUAUGACAUUUUUUGUGGUUUUAUAUUGAUCUUUUUGACUUUAUAUGAUAUUUUUUGGCUAUAAAUGGCUUUGUUUUUUUUGUUUUAUAUGGCAUUUUUGGGCUCUGUAAAGCGAGCAAUGUUAUUUUUUUCAAUGAACCGAGCAUAUUAACAAACACAACAUUUUAGAACUCAAAAUUGAGAGAACAUUUGAAUGCCGUAAUAAAACAAUGUAAUCAGCCAGCUACAGUAAAACUGAACAAAGAAGUUUACAAUAAGAGGAUUUUGGACAGAUAUAAUGCUACAGUAGCCAAGGCCGAGAAGGAACACAACCUGAAGGGACAUGCUCUACAUUUAUAUAUGCGAACGGCCGCUUUCCUCAAGAUCAACCUUGGGAUUGAUUAUCUUUAUCGAAUAUCGGUAUGUCUUACAUGAAGGAGGUUGAAUUUUUUUAAAUCAUGUGAUCACAUCUUAUAUUAUACACCAUACUUUGCUGUAUGGUUUACAUAAUACGUUCUGUCCUGAAGUGAAAAUAUCUGUAUAUGGCUUUAGAUAGAAAACGUUGAAGAGCUGACGGCCAAGCGUGAACGUAUUGUUCUUCGUGCUGUUGCUGAAUCAGGAUGUACUCGACCAGAUAUUCUAAAACAGAUGGGUUUGAAUGAAUUCGAAAUAGAAAAUGUUCUAAAACACGAUCAGCAAAUGACAACUGCUUUGGGCAAAGUUACUGGGCUUGAAACUGCUGUGUAAGUGGUUAUUUACAAGUGUUUUUUUGCUUAAAACUAUACAUUAGGUAUCAAAAGGUUGUUUAUGGUAACAAAGUUUUUUGUUUUGGUAUUAGAACUUUAGAUUUUAUGUGGUAACUACCUAAACUUCAUUAUAAGCUUUAUCUCAUUUACCUAAAACUUUACUUUAGGUAUCGCCAAUUUGCUCCAUAUUUCGAAGAGUUCGGAUCGCAUUUAAAUUUCGCCCAAGGGCAUUUGUUCGAUGGCAAAUUCAGUCAAAUCUUGGCCGAGAGAACGCCAGCAUAUCAAAUGAUGGUGGAUUUGCGAGAGAACUACGCUCAUUGGCAUCUGGAGUGCACGGUCAUAGAGAAGACGGAAGAAGCCUACAACAAACUCAGGAAUGGUACUGUAAUGGGGGGAAACUGUAACGACGCACUGCAACAUAUCAUGGACAGAGUAAAUGCGCUGGAGUUGUUUGAUACGGAAGCGAAGCGACAAAAAGUGAUAAAGAAGCUGAGCACGGUGUUUAACAAUGUCAGGAAGGCGGUGAGGGUAAGAUGAUAAUGUUGAUUUUAAUGCGUUAAAGUGAUGAAAGGCUGCUGUAAUUUGCUAGAGGUACUGUAAGCUGGUAAAGGGUUUUAGGAGUACUAUAAUAUGACAAAACACGCUACAAGGAUAGUGUCAAUCUUGUACCAGGCCGUUCAAAUAAUACUGUACCUUUAAUCCCGAAAAAUUUGCUUUGAAAGAGGGCACAUAAUUAUUUGAACAAUAAUUUUAAAAUGACAUUUUUAGGAACGAGUACUACACACAAAGAUGGCGAAACCCACAGAACUGAAGAUAUUAUCCUUGUUAAAGGCUUUCCAUGUCAACUUCCUUCAAGUCUCCGACUUUGAUCAACAUAAAACCUUUGUGGAGCAGAUUACAGAGAUUGAUAAGGACAUUGACGAUCAUAUAUCGUACAAGAUGAACACCUUGAACUUGUCGUUGGCUGUGUAUGAUCUUCUGAAUUCGAUGCAUAUUGUAAGGACUUAUGAAGUGGAGUUCUGUUUUAUAUGCGUAUUUUACGUUAUAAAAGCAGAGAAUAGAUGUUACGUUUUUGCAGUGAUACCUUUGAACUUCAAAUGUUACUUAUGACUUUUAAUUUUAAAAUACCAUUUUAACUUGUCAUUUUGAAAGUUAAUGUUACUAUUUAAGGAGUUAUUGUUGCAGAAAGACUCUAACGCGAUUACUAUUCAAAUAUCUGAUUUAAGACAUUGGAGUUGGGCCGAAGAUCUGGAUGACGCUUCUUUCUACGGUACUAUUGGAGUUACUGUAGCUAGGAAGGUUUGGAGAAAAAUUGGUAAGGUUUUCUGCAUCAAUAAUAGAUGCAUCUUCUAGAUGUAGCACUAUAAGGUUAAUACGAAAGGUGAUUAUAAAACUGGUUUGUCAAAGGGUUUAAACCUGUAUUUUUGUACAUUGAAUUUACUACAGCUUAUUCAUUUAUGAAGUAAAAUACGCCUUGAAAACCUAUUUGUAUAGUAUAAUGUCAUUUUAGACGAAGAGGUUGGCUUAGAAUGGAGAGAAAUCGUGGAGUUGGACGAAGAUUCUGAACUCACUGAUUAUCAGUUUGAUCAAGUUGGUAUGUCAGUUAAAAAUUUUCUUUUUUGCUAAAUUCUUCCCUUUAUAUCACUGUUUCCUUUUGUUUGUUAGCUUAUUGUCUGGUUAGCCCAAUGUUGUUUGUACAUUAUAACAAAGUAAAUAAAUGAUUGUAAAAAAUUUAUAAUGUAAUUAUUCUAGCUCUAACGACAUCUCUACGUGCUCUCCAACUAAACUCCUACCAAUCAGGAGUCAAAACUCUCAAAAAAGGUCAAGACUUUACUCUCGACCAAGCCUUCAACGUUGCCUACUUCAUCGAGAACGAAUGUGACGCCAACAGCUCUUCCUCAGUCUUAUCUGACAUUUAUGCAAAUUCUUUCAACUGCAUCACUGAUGACUAUUUCUCAUUUACUCACACUAAAACAGACUUGAGGUUGGGAUCUACCUUCACAUCACUACAUCUUCGACAACCUCAGGUUGUGAAGAAGAAGUUCGACGAGUUGGGAGCGUUCAGUGAGAGAAAUUUGAAUAAUUCUGUUAAUCCUUGUGACGACUUUUAUCAAUUUGCAUGUGGAAAGUCUACGGAGAGUAUAUAUCAGGUUACGUAUGAUAAGAACAUCAAGUUGAUUGAAAAGGAGUUACAGGGCAAGAUUGCUGAUGGGGAGGUAAGGUUAGAGUGUUGUUGUACAGUAAUUAUGAUAAAGAUGCUUUUUUUGAUUACAAUCUUUUUGUAAAUUAUGUCAAGGGGCGCAGAAUUAUGUAAACGACUUUAUAUAUUGAAAUGAAUUUGAAUUUUGAAAAAUACGCUUGAAAGUCUUAUCUCUUCUAAAAAACGUCGUUUCAGCCCAAGGCAAUUCAAUUUCUAAAGCGAAUCUACCAAAAGUGUGUACGAGGAGAACUGCGAGACUUGCCUUACACCAAAGAAGAGUUACUGCCAGUUAUUGACAGAAUAAAAGAGGUAACAAACUUGAAGCAGAUUCCAGUAAGGUAUGGAGACUUUGAUGGAGAUGAGUUUCUGCAAAAGUUUGGAGCUUUGGCUGGUUAUGUUCACAGUGAAUUCAAUGUUGGACCGUACAAGUAUUACACUGCUAAACGGACUGGAGUACAUCAACAUGUUCAGGUAGGGAUUUGGGGGCUGUGAGGCAAAUUACAGCGUUAGGAAGAAUACAAAUUUAAAAAAGUUAAAAUUUAAUUUAAAAAAAAUUUUUUUUAAAGUAGCUUCUAGCUUAUGUCUAUAAACUAACUUCGUCGUUUUAUAAGUAAAAUAAUACUUAAGCUUUUGAUAUUGCUCUUAAGUCAUUUUAUACUUUAUUUUUUUGAUUUCAGGCUCGUAUCUUAACGUUGCCACCAGCUGAUAUGACUCCAAAUGACCGUGGUAACCUUUGGGCACGCUUUUUUGAUGUAACAGGGCAUAGCAUCAACAAUACAGAGAUUGACGAGCUUGUUAUUGAAGGAAUAAACCUAAGGAAUGCCAGUUUCUUACAAGAUAUAUCUAAUCUAAAGCAAUUUGGAGCUUCCAAUUCUGUCAAUGGACUUUUGGGUGGUAUUGACUAUAACAAAGGUGGGCUUACCUUAAAGAACUCUGUUUUAUCUUAGCUAGGCUGGCUUUUAUCUUGGUCAAUCCAGUCAGGAUGAAGCUUAAAAGAUGGCACACCUAAUGAGACAUUACUUUGCAGUUAAUACUUUAUUUUACAAUCAGUAACUAAUGGCAACUCACUUUCAGUUGGACUAAACUUAACCGCCUUUUUCACUACCAGUCUUGGCCACAACUUGUCACCGGAAGAGAAGGUUUCAGUCGAUUUGACAGUAAAUUACAGUAAACUGACAGAACAUGAACUUCAAGUGGCAGCCAUUAAUGGAGUGAUCGAAGAGUUGUUGUUACACUUGUUCAGCAACGACAUUGCUGAUAACGUCGUAUGUUACGGAGUUAUGGAGACGGCUGGAGAGUUUCUGCUUGGAAGAAUAUUGUUGAGUUCGAGAUUUGUCUUUGACAAUAUCACUGAUAAUGAUAGGAAGGAGGGGAAGAUAUUGUUCGAGGAGUUUCAGGUAAGAUCAGGGUGAUAUUAAGGUAUGUUAGGGAAGGGGUAUUACUUUGCUUUAAGGUGUUAUAAGACAUGAUGUAGCGUGUUAUAGAGCAAUAUUUUAAUUUUUAUUGUAUUUUUUACCUAAAAUAAUCAAAAAUAAUGUUUUAGGUAUAUUUUACUAACUAAACCUUCUUAUUUCAGCAAAAGAUAUCCCGCCAAUCAGAACAUGUGUAUAUGGCCAUGAAGUACCUACUGAAAGAAACACCUUGGUUAAGUGAAACAACACUGAUAAGAGCAUUGCAGCGUGGAGAUAACCUCACUAUGAUCUUAGGAAACGACCCUUUGUUACUGGACGAAGCCCUGAUCAAGAUAUACAACAAUACAGUAUUUGAUGAAGACCAUGUCAUUAAGAAACAGUACGCUCACAAUGUUAUGCCUAUCAGAAGGGCUGAGUUUGGAUGUUGCACAUUGAGUUUGUUACCGUAUUCACCGGUCAUGAGUGUGAGUGAUGAGCUUAUAUUGUAGUAGGCUUAUUGUUAUGUUAUGUAAGAGUAUAAUAUAAAUAUAUAAGUACUUUUAAUAGCAUAACUUGAUGAUAUUAUUUUAUGUAGGUAUCGUUUAGUAAUGAUAGGUAAUAACUAUAGUAAGAUGUUUGUGACAUACCACAUUUAGAUUGUGAUUGACUUUCUAAAAAUCUUAUUUUAGUUCAUGAUCCACCUUCUGGAAACCACGAGCACCGUCGUAUUCCCGGCCAACUCUCUCUUCUGGCCAAUGUACGAUCAUGAUCAUCCGGCUGAGUACGUGUUCGGCUUCUUUGGUGCUUCUUUGUCUCACGAAAUUGCUCAUAUGUUCGAUGGACGAUCAUUGUUACCUAAAGAGUUCCCGGACGAUCCAGCUUGGAUGACGAACGACGAGGUACGGUCGUACGCAAAGAUGGCUGGCUGUUUGGCCGAUCAGUACGAUAAUCUAUGUGAUUCGGAAGGAGUGUGUGCUGAUGGGGUUCAGAGUAAUAUCGAGAUCAUGGCUGAUAAUAUUGGUGGGUUUUUGAGAGUAAAAACAGUUUAUUUUGCCUUAAAUAACUUGAUGUAUGGACCGAAAGAAGGUAAAUGUUACCUAAAAUAAGUUAACUUCGAAAACUAAAUUCAUAAAAAAAAACCCGUUUUAGGCCUCCAACUAGCCUACCGUGCCCUCCAAUCCUGGCUAGAGGUCUACGGCCCCGACCCUCGCCCCGAUGGUCACCUAAUAUACCGCCUCACCACACCCCAACUCUUCUUCCUCAACUACGUCCAAUACAUGUGUGAAUCUCGUGGCAGAGAGGGCCAGUCAGAGAAGGCCUUCAGAGCCCAUCCGAGAGUUGACUUCAGAGUUCAAGGCACCUUGAUGAACAUGCCCGCUUUCUCCGACGCCUACAAUUGCCCUGUUGGGAGUAGGUAUUGGCGAACGGAAGACAGUGGUGGCACUUGUCCCAUCUUUAAUGGGGCUUUGAAGGAGAACAAGGGCUCGAGGUUGGAGGAGAUUUGGGAGAAACAAGGAAUCUUUCAUAAUGUAUAA